AUUUCGAAAAUGAAUCCGUUGUGCCAGUUACUUUUUUUUCUUCUGUGCGUUAAUUUUGUGAUCCCACAAGGACCUGGCUCAGGACAGAAUGGAAAUUUACGCCUGUGUAUAGUGGAAGGCCGGGGCCAAUACAAACGCGGCGCCAAAUACUGCCCAGUACUCGACGAAGAGAAUUCAAAAAUAGAAUGUGUACUUGGAACUGACAGAUUGGACUGUCUUCGACGUAUUAGUAAGGGCACUGUUGAUUUCGGAGUCUUCAGUCCUGAAGACCUAGUGGCUGCGAGAUGGGCUAAUGUCGACGUACUGGUCACCAAUGAAUUACGUGAUAGAGAUAAACAAUUCGAGCGUAGUGUAGUUGCGGUAGUCAACAGGAGAAUCCUGCCCGACAGUGCUGCCCCCUUGACGUCAAUAUUGAGGAACAGUUCGCUCUGUCAUCCCGGCGUCGGAUUGGAUGAUCUGCGACCACUGAGUGAUACACUUUCUGGGUAUUUAGAAUCGUUGGUGUUAACCAGAUCUUGCGACCCGAACCUCUCGCUCAGUGAGAACAGGAUAAAAGCACUAGCCGAGUUCUUUGGUAGAGCGUGCAAAGCCGGUCCUUGGGUACCUGAACCUACCAGAAAUGCUGAACUGAAGAAGAAGUAUCCAUCUCUUUGCGCUGCUUGCCGGUCGUCUUGCUCCGAGAAUGACCGUUACUGGGGAGAUGGUGGUGCGCUGGCAUGUCUCUCUGAAGGUGCUGGUGACGUCAUGUGGUCUGAGCUUAAUGACGUCAAAGCAUAUUUCAAGGACACAGCUACAGAUCACUUGGCAUAUCUUUGUCGCGACGGCAGUUGGCAGUCGAUGGCCAACAAUACGGAUCCUUGCGUUUGGCUGAACAGACCCUGGCCAGUGAUAGUCGCUAAAAGAAAAGCGGCUGCAGCUGUGAGCGCAUUAACACAGUCUAUAUCAGCAAGCGCUGCCGCAGUAGAUCAACAUUGGAGAGGUGCACUCGCAGCGCUGCUUGAACUGCGAGCGGCGCCAAUACCAUUGUAUCCACCGCGCGCACCUCUAGACCAUCUAGCAACAGCACGAGGCUUCAGAGAGGCAUACAGUCAAAGCGGAUGCGAUCCACCUAGGCACAUAACUCUCUGUACUAAGUCAGUGUUGGAGAAGAACAAAUGUGAGUGGUUGAGUGAGGCGAGCGCGGUGUACGGCAUCACGCCCCCCCUCCAGUGCACCAUCAGAGCGAGCACGCGAGAUUGCAUGGCCUCCGUGCGAGAUGGAGACAGCGAUGUUAUAGUUGCUGAUAGCGACUCACUUGUUUCUGGGAUGAGAGACUACGGCCUUACCGCUGUUCUCCACGAAGCGACGCCUAUAGUAGAAAAAACUCAUACAGUUGUAGCUUAUAUACGGAAGGACGCCAAGUUGAAAAAGAUGACAGAUCUACGCGGGAAACGAGCUGUUUUCCCGCGUUUCGACGGCGUCGCUUGGCAUUCAGUUUCACAAUACUUCGCCGACAAACUGAAUGUGCCUUGCGAACACUUUAUAAGCUUUUUCGGUGAAAUUUGCGCUCCUGGUAUACAAGAACAUAACGCUACUGCUGAAAUCAUAGAUAAAUUGACGAAAAACUGUUUGAAAGAUGAUGGUAAUGGUGAAUUGAAUGCUUUGAGGAGUUUGAUCGAAGGAAAGAGUGAUGUGGCUUUCUUCAGUAUGAGAACUUACAAUAAAUAUAAAGCAAACAUCAUCCAUGAGACGUGGGCGCAGAAUAUUGUAGACAUAAUACCGAUAUGUCCCGAAGAGAAUCCUAAAUAUUGUUUCAUCAGUUGGUCGAAUAUCGGCCACGUUUUUGUUUCGAAGAAAAAUUCUCAAAUGCGUAAACAAGAGAUCAUAAAUGUGUUCACAAAACUCGACCAAUUAUUUGGCAAACAUCAGCCAUUCCACAGUCCUAUGUUCUCUAUGUAUGGCCAAUUUAACCAUCAAAUGGAUGUCUUAUUCCACAAUAACACUAAGAACCUGGCCUCAAAUAAUAUGUUAAAAUUUAACCCAUAUGAUCGAAUCCCUUUCAAUUUCGAACGCACCUUGACAGAUGUCAAAAAUGACACCUGUCAAACAGCCGAUCUCAGCCCGGAUUCGAGUUUUAGAUCCGCACCCACAAUUUUAUUGUGUAUAAUCUCUCUAGUCGUUUGUUUCUUAUAUAGAUAAAUUGAAGUUAAAUAUGAUUAAGUUUAAAUAAAAUGGUAUUUAACAUAUUUGAGUACCUUCCUUUAAAGUGAAAUAACAAUACCUUGCCUAUAUUUAUUAAUU